AUGAAGAUCCACACUGGCGAAAGGCCGUACCUGUGCAACACCUGCGACAAAACCUUUACUACAUUAUCAAAUCUUAAACGGCACAUAACCACGCACACGGGCGAGAAGCCCUACAUCUGCAAAACAUGUGGAAAAAGUUACAGGCAACGUUCCCACCUGGUGGGUCACUCGAGGACCCACACCGGCGAAAAGCCGUACCUGUGCAACACCUGCGGAAAAUCGUUUGGACACGCAUCACUUCUUAAAAAUCACAUAUACACGCACACGGGCGAGAAGCCCUACAUCUGCAAAACAUGUGGAAAAAGUUACAGGCUACGUUCCACCCUGGUGGCUCACUCGAGGACCCACACCGGCGAAAGGCCGUACCUGUGCAACACCUGCAGCAAAACCUUUACUCAAUCAUCAGCUCUUAAACAGCACAUAACCACGCACACGGACGAGAAGCGAUAUUUGUGCAAGACGUGCAGCAAAGGUUUUAGCCGCAGAAUUGAUUUGCUGAGUCACAUGAAAAAUCACCCGGAGGAGAAGUCUACCAACUGGCAACCGCAGCCUGACAUAGGAGGGCCCCUGCCGCUCCCGGCUUCACUGCCGGCUCGCGGCCGGGCGGUCACGUCGAAUGUGCCCUGCCAGGUUGUCAGCUACUGGGGGUCUGAGGCGUCUCCAUCCCGGCAAGGGCGUAGAGCGCCGGUGCGGCUGGCGCCACAAGAAAAUGUUUGUAAGGUGGAGGAGGACAGGGUUUUCAGUGACCAGCACCUGGAUAACCUGGAGAGGAGCUGCAGCCCGGACCAGGAGGAACCAGGGCAUCCACAGACUACAGAACUGGAGGAAGACUCCAGCGGUCAGGAGAUGAAGCAUGAGGACGUAGAGGUGGAUGUCUCAUUGGUCAAUGUUGCUGAUGUGAAAGUUGAAAAUGGUGAACCAGGACCAAACUGUGACCAGCUGCUGUUGCACACUUCUCCUGAAGCUCAAAACAAAGAUGAGGAAGGGACUGAAAGUUUACGCUCAGACUCCAGUAAAACUGCAGAUCCGCAGCCAAUGAGACGACACGGUGACCACGAAGAUGCUGCUGUCCCGUCAGACAGGAACUGUAAAUCAAAGCUGACCAGGACCCACACGGGGAAGAAGGUAUUUUCUUGCAGCACUUGCAGGAAAGAGUUCAGUAAAAGUUGUAUUUUAAUAGCUCACAUGAAGAUCCACACUGGCGAAAGGCCGUACCUGUGCAACACCUGCGGCAAAUCGUUUAGAAAAUCAUCACAUCUUAAAAGCCACAUAACCACGCACACAGGCGAGAAGCCUUACAUCUGCAAAACAUGUGGAAAAAGUUACAGGCAAAAUUCCGACCUGGUGAUUCACUCGAGGAUCCACACGAGCGAGAAGCCCUACAUCUGUAAAACAUGUGGAAAAAGUUACACACAACGUUCUAACCUGGUGAUUCACUCGAGGAUCCACACCGGCGAAAGGCCGUACCUGUGCAACACCUGCAACAAAACCUUUACUAGAUUAUCAGAUCUUAAAAGCCACAUAUACACGCACACAGGCGAGAGGCCCUACAUCUGCAAAACAUGUGGAAAGAGUUACACGCGAAGUUCCCACCUGGUGAUUCACUCGAGGAUCCACACGAGCGAGAAGCCCUACAUCUGUAAAACAUGUGGAAAAAGUUACACACAACGUUCUAACCUGGUGAUUCACUCGAGGACCCACACCGGCGAAAGACCGUACCUGUGCAACACCUGCGGAAAAACCUUUACUCAAUUGUCAAAUCUUAAAAGCCACAUAACCACGCACACGAGCGAGAAAACAAUAUUAGUGCAAGACGUGCAACAAAGGUUUUGGCCGCAGAAUGGAUUUGCUGAGUCACAUGAAAAAUCACCCGGAGUAGAAGUCUGGUGACUCGUGACAAAUGAAGCUCAUGUUGUCGUCCUCCGGGGGCAGCUGUCCACUCCUGUCUGACCCACAGAAGAAGAACCCGCAGAAGUCCAACCACCCCCUCCUGUGGCCGAUGAGCCUAAUCCCCUCCCACAAGGGUUGCAGGUUCAACCCGGAUUUAUGCUUCUCCGUCAACUUGACGCAGAGGGAACGAUGUGGUUGUUUACUUUCUUUUAAAGUUCUGCAUUGAGUUUUUUUAAUCCCUGUUCCUUCUUAAAAUCGUUAUUUGUUGCUGUUGGUAACUUGCUGUCUCCACGGUUUAAUAAAGAGCUGUUAGCGUUUGCUGAAGUUUCUUUAAACGUGACAGUUUAUUUCGUUCAUCUACAAAGCCUCUCUCACACGUUCUUUUUCCUGUCUGUUUCUUCUUCACUCACAUUGUCUUUGUGAAGUUAAUCUGCAGGUCCAUGUUGUUAAACUCUCUCCAUCUACUCCGUUCAGAGGUUAGUCCAAGUUUGAUAUACGUGUUCAGUUUUUAUAACGUUUCUCUGAAAAACAGGAAGAAACAAAAGAAGAAACACAACCAUCAACACGUCAGAAACAGAACAGCCAACCAUCUGUCACCAUUUUCUAAACUUUGAUG